CUACAUUGUGAGUGCGGGACACUUUACAGAAGACACUUUACUGUCACAUCUGCUAAGCACUAAAGUGACAGCAUUCAAAUGUUCAGCAGAAAUAAAUCAUCACCAACAGCACCAAAGGUGCAAGUGUUGUAUGCUGGAUACCUGUACAAGUCCCCUGACCUUUCUAAGCCUGCAAAACUCAUGAAAUCAUGGAGGCAUCGCUUCUUUGUACUUUCCAAGGCGGAUGAGGACAACUAUCAGCUGGCAUAUUAUAAAAAUAGAGAAAAAAUGGAGAAGCCUUUGGGGAAAAUAGACCUUUCUAUGGUCAGGUUGAUUUGUACUGCUCCUGAGAAACAUCAAAUGUGGGAAUGGAUUCGCAAAAACUUUAAGUGCCUCCCGUCCUCUGUACUGUUUCUGAGAGUGGAGGACUUCAUGACAAAAUAUGCAAGAGAUUAUUUCCUCAUCGGAGAAAACAGUGAAGACGUGAAGUGCUGGCAGAAUGAGUUACUGAAAGUUAUAAAGACUCAAACAUCACAGAAUAAAGAAACAGACUAUGACCUUCAACAGGAUAGAUUAAGAGCAGAAUCUGAACCUAUACCCAAGUCUCCACAUUGUUAUGAAAAUAUAAGUCUAACUUCCAUGUGCAGGCAGUCUCUACCUGCAGGUACACUUUUCUAUCAAGUGCCUGAUAACACUCGAAAGGAGUUGAGUUCUGUUUACUUUACUGAUGAUGAUGAUGAUGAUACAGAGGAACAGCCUGAAACUCCAGAUGACAACAAUGAAUACAUGGAUAUGACAUUAGCACGUGUGGUGUUGCAACAGAACCAACAGGAGGAGGAUGCAUUCUUUCAGAAAAAUACGUCCACCAACGGUCUUGAUUCUUCACAGGACUUGUGUGAUGGUGCAGACAAUCCAAUGAAACGAAACAGUGCAGAGCUGAGAUGCUCUAUGCGGUCUCUUCCAGACUUUAAUGGAAAUUGUGCCUCUACUGAGAUGAAUACGGGAUUUCCAAACAAGAGUGAAACACACAAACCGGUUCAGAAGGAGAUCUGCAUUAAUCGAAAUGAUCUUUGUAAAAGUUUAAUAUUCACACAGAAAGAAGGAAAACCAUGUGUAUACGAGUGUAAGACUGAGACCUCACAUUUGUUUCAUAAGGGGGAUCAGAUCCUGGCCCUCAAUGACCUUCAAAUAGAGACAGUAGAUGAGAUACAGACAUACAUAAGAAGGCUUACAAAAGAUGAGGUAAAACUGACUAUUCUACGACAUCCUGGAUCCCAGCCUUUUUAUGCUGAACUCUUGAGGAGAUGAAACAAGAUGAGACACUUCAUUAAGUCUUUAAUUCAUUAGAAAUGUGAAAGGUUCAUUGGCACCCCAAUAAGUAGUUUGUUCUUGUAGUAAUUUAUUUAAUCAGGGAGGCAUACUGUAAGAGUGGGCAAGGUUAUGUGCAAGCACCCAGUUUUAUUUUGUGUGUGUGCAGAGAAUGUGCAGAAGAUGUUCAAAACAUGUAGCCCUGGGGCAGUACCCCAAUAAAGGUCCUAAUAUGUACCAUUUAGUAUACAUUUGGUAAUGCCAAUAUGCACAUCUGAGGUACUAAUAUGAACACUUCAGGUGUAUUUUUUGAAAGGGUACUGCCUCAGUGACAGCUGGGUAACAUGUUUUGAAUUAUUUAUUUUUUUGACAGUGUGUACGUACAUUAAUUAGUAACACGAGACUGUAUAUUAUUUAUUCUUUCUUUAUUCUUUAUUUUCAAGGAUGAACCAUCUCAUUUUCGAGGGGUUAUUCUGUAUAUACUGUAAAGUAUGUAGAUAAGAGUAUAUGAGACUGGUGUUGGGUAUAUAAUGUUAUGUUGUAUAUAAGGUUUAUGUUACCAUCAGGCACAAAAUAAGAUGUAUUGUGUAGAAGUAUUAUGCUGACAUAUGAAGGAACUUCUUUAAAACUGCACUUUUCUUUUUCUAAUUUUUACACUGAUGCACUUUAAUACUGUUUCAAUAUUACAACCUUUUGUAAUUCUUUAUUUUGUUUUAAAAAAAAAGAAACAAUGGAAUAUUGCAGAUCAUUUUUAUAAUCACUUAUUUAUGUGAACAAUGUGAAACAUUGUUAUACCUUAAAGUGU